UCAGUCCCUUCUCCCUUGUUCCAGCUUGAGCGUCUGGGCUGCGACGGACCCAGUGUAGGCCAUGUCAAGGCCAUCUGUGUCCCCAGGUGUCUGAGGUCCUCUACUUAGAGAAGAACAGCCCGUGGGAGGCUCCUUUGGGCACCUUUGUUAGUCCACAGCUCCAGGUUGGGGGGCGGCCUCUGGGGGCCAUGGCCCCAGCCCUGGGAGUCUUGGCUACUUCUGGACAGACCGCUGCAGGCUGCAUGUCCCUGUGAGCUGCAAGGAGUCACUUGGCACUGGUUCCUUCCAGUCCAUUCUCAAGGGACACUCCUUGGGGAUCACUGCCCUGUGCCUCGUGGGUGGCCAGCUGCCGAGCACUCCGACACUGCUUGUCCUCAGCACCCAGGUGUUGGCCUCCUGGUCGGUCACCUGUGGGGCUCCCUACUUGCUGUCUGGAUGUUGUGCCCAGAGGGAAGGAAGCCCUGGGGACCAUCACUCUUCCCCAAGCUGGAGGUCACAUGCCCUGUGUCCAGAAACCCAGCUGCCAGGGCCCCGGGCCGGGAUCUGUCCUGGGAGGGCACAUCCAAAUAAGACAGUGUGUCCAGGGUGUUUAGGGAGUGUGAGUGGAAGGAGGGGUGCCUGAGCAAGCCUACUGGCCCACGUCCUCUAGCAGCCGCACUUGGUGCCCCUGGGGCCUGGGCUCAGCCCCCCUGGGUGCUCCCAACAGCCCUGCAAACAAACUUAGGUCUGGCUGCUGGGUCUGGGCGGCUACUCUCUAUUCUUGAGCCUUUGUGUCUACAAUGUCUUCGGAUGCGAGGACUCCCAGGGAGGAGUUCACAGCCCAGUACGAGUGGUCUGCGGCCCUGCAGAAGGCCCCUCGGGGCAGCAUGGCAGCCCUGUAGCAUCCUGGAGUUUCCUGACCUCACCCUGGCCUCCCCCCAUCCCCCGCCCCACCUCCCCUGCCUGGGGGGGGGGGUUCUCCUGUGGCCCACGACUGUGUGCCUGGGGCAUCAGACCCUGAGUGCAGCCUCGCAGGCUUUCCGGCCUUGCCCUUUGGGGUGGAUGUCCUCAUUCUCAGAGGUGUCAACUUGCUCAAGGUCACGGCCCCUCCUGUAGGCUGUGCCUACUUUCCUGCCACUUGGACACUUACGCACUGCGUAUCCUGGGCUCCAGCCUGGUCCUUGCAGGGCCUGCUUGGCCUCAAGCUGGCCAUGCAGUUGCCCACCAGGUCCUGUCCACAUCCAGCCAUCUGUCUCCUCCCAGGAAGCUCAGGGCCCCUCCAGGGUCUUCUCAGGACUCCAGAACCUCAGCCCGCUCUCCCUCCCCCAGGACGCACAGGCUCACACCACCUGCCUUUGCAAACACUACCCUGGCUUCCCGUCACCCCCUCCCACCUCCCGCCCCGCCCCUAGUGCUCCCUUAUUUUCCCCCCUGGUGAGCGGCUCCAGCCAGCUGUGUUUUCCCCUUUGGCUGCGGCUUGAGUCAGGGACUGGGCUUGAGUCAGGGACUGGGUCUGAUUCAUCGCCCGUUGAACACAGGUGUUCAGGAGAGAUGGCCUGAGGCUCCCGAGGGCAGCCGGCCUGAGGGCAGAGCUGGGUGGGAGCGGCCUCUGGGUUCCUGUCAGCUGUCCUUUGGCUCGGUUUCCAGAGGUCAGGCCUGGCCUUGCCGUCCACCUCCUCCUAAAGGACCCCACCUGUAGUGACCCUGUUAAUAGAAGCUUCCCCCGUGGGUGUGAAACACAGUGUGGCCCCCAGGCCCGCCCAGACUUUGAUGUCUCCUCUAGAAGCCCUGGCCCUGGGAUCAGUUCCCCUUUAGGGCAGGAGAAAGUGUCCCCUGGGCAGUCAUCUCUCCCCAGCCUCAUGAGCACCGAGGACCUCGGGGGGGGGGGGGGGGGGGGGCGGUAAGUGUUAGGGCUGGGGCGCCCUCGGGCUAGUUGGGGGCUCAGUUGCUGCCCGACUUGCCCCCUGCUCGCACUGAGGCCCUAUCCGGGCAGGACCCUGGAAGGUGCCGGCCGGGGCGGGGAGGAUGGGGGCGUCGGGUCCCCCCACAGGCGCGGGCCCCCAGCGCGGGAGGCACGGCUUCUUGCGGCGAGCGGGGGGGCCCGACGGCCGCUCUGCGCCCGCCCCCGCGCCCCGCUCCGCAGAUAUAAGGCGGCCGCCGCCGCGGCUCCGAACCCCGCCGCCCGCCCGCCGCCCGCCGCCCGCGUCCCCAUGGCCCGGCCCGCGACGCUGGUGGCCGCCGCCCUGGCGCUGUGCCUGCUGCUGGCGCCGCCCGGCCGCGCGUGGUACAAGCCGGCGGCGGGGCCCAGCUCCUACUCGGUGGGCCGCGCGGCGGGGCUGCUGUCCGGCUUCCGCAGGGCCCCGCACGCGCGCCGCUCCGAGCCCCCCGCGAGCGCGGGACCCCCGGGCCGGGCGGGCGCCGUCGUCGAGCCGCGCACCCGCCUGCGGAGCCUCGUGAGUGCGGCCGGCGGGGCGGGCGGGGGGCGGGGGCCGGGGCGCGGGGGGCGCGGGGGGCGCGGGGGGCGCGCGGGCGGCCCUUCAGCCUCCUCCCGCCCCCAGGCCGUGUGUGUCACAGACGUGUCCCCGAAGCUGCGGAGCUGCGAGCGGCUCCCGGACGGCCGCGCCACCUUCCAGUGCCAGGCGGACGUCUUCCUGUCGCUGCGCGCGGCCGACUGUCGCAGCGCCUGAGCCCCGACCCCGCGCCCGGACCUCGCUUGGCCCUCGCCGCCCAGCGCCCAGCGCGGGCACCCCAGCGCCUCCCUCCACCCCCGCUCUGAAAGGCUCCCCGAAUAAACGAGAAGCGCAGCCGGCCUCCGAGUGGGCGCGGGCAGGGCGGGCAGGGUGGGCAGGGCCCCGCCGGUCCCCAGACCCCAACUCUGCCGCCAGACGCUCCCAGUGCCCCCCACCCCCCGCAGGUCUUUCAGGCCACUAGCCUCUCCCGGAACAGCCUGCACAGACGCACCCCAAGCCCCCGCUGUCUCCCCGCCUUUGUCCACACAGCUCCGGGGUCCCCCAGUGUCCUCCAGGAGCCAGUUCCAGGUUUGCCCUUAGCCUCCUCCGACCACCCCACCAGGUGGCCCUCCUGCCCGGGAGAGUCCCACUCUGGGCCUGCCUUGCUUCUGGGCUUUCCUGAGGACAAACUCUUCCUUACUGGAGAGGCAGCUCCUCGGGUCACUCCUUUCUUGAGGUCCCCUCAAAACACCUCAAAGUACUAGGCACAGGGCAGUGAAUCCAUCUGUUGAAGGAAUGAGUGACGAGGCCAGGGUGGGAUUGGGGGGGGCAGCUGGACAUGCAGUUCCAGGGUGAGAAGGGGCUGCUCACAGGCUGGAAGGCCGGGGGCUCUGCAUUCACCUCUCCCCUGACCCACAGCCAAGCAGGUGGUCCCCACCGCUGUGAGCGCCAAGGCGUGGCUGUGAGGGAUCACGACUCUGCAGCAGUGGCCUCUUCUGCUCCACACUCAGGCUUAAUUCCCUCCUUUACUUGUCGGAAUCUGGGUUCAUUCCCGCCCCCGGCCCGCUGAGGCUGACCUUGAGUUCCCUUCAGAGCUGGCUUCCAGGGGGCAGGA